CUGGCCGGCCGAUCCAUGACGUGGUGGCCUAUCGGCGCAUCGCUGAUGUCCGGUAACAUCGGCCUGGCGGGGACGGGGGCGGCGGGCGGCAUCGCCGUGGGGGGCUUCGAGUUGAACGCGGCCUGGGUCCUGGUGGCCCUGGGCUGGAUCUUCGUCCCGGUGUACGUGGCAGCCGGUGUGGUGACCAUGCCCGAAUACCUGGCCAAGCGCUUCGGAGGACGCAGGAUCCGGAUGUACAUGUCCGUCCUGUCGCUGGUCCUCUACAUCUUCGCCAAGCUAUCUACGGACCUUUUCUCUGGAGCGUUGUUUAUUAAAGUCUCCUUCGGAUGGAACCUGUACGUGUCGACUGCAAUCCUGCUGCUGGUCACGUGUGUGUACACGGUGGCAGGAGGUUUGACGGCCGUCAUCUACACCGACGCGUUCCAGACUGUCGUCAUGGUGGGAGGAGCCCUGACGCUCACGUUCAUCGCGUUCUCCAGAGUGGGCUGGUACGAGGGUCUGACGGACGUUUACAUGUCAUCCAUUCCCACGGCGACGGUGCCCAACACCACCUGCCACCUCCCUCGCGCCGACGCCUUCCACAUGUUUCGAGACCCUUUGUCUUCAGACUCGCCCUGGCCGGGACUCGUUUUCGGACUCACCGUCAUCGCGACCUGGGUGUGGUGCACUGACCAGGUGACGGUCCAAAGGUCUCUGGCUGCACGUUCGCUGAGUCACGCCAAAGGAGGAAGCGUCUUGGGGGGUUACCUCAAAGUAUUGCCAAUGUUCUUCAUCGUCAUGCCAGGCAUGAUCAGCAGAGCGCUGUUCCCAGACGAGGUGGCUUGUGUGGAUCCCGGAGUGUGUCAGCGUGUGUGCGGGACUCCGGUGGGCUGCUCCAACAUCGCGUACCCCAAACUGGUGGUGGAGCUCAUGCCGGUGGGCGUUCGCGGCCUGAUGCUGGCCGUGAUGUUCGUCAGCCUGCUGUCGUCGCUGACGUCCAUUUUCAACAGCAGCUCCACUCUGUUCACUUUGGACCUUUACCACCGGGCCCGACCCGCCGCCUCGGAAAUGGAACUCAUGAUCGUCGGCAGGGUGUUCAUCCUGGCGCUGGUGGUCGUCAGCGUCCUGUGGAUCCCCGUCAUCCAAUCGGCUAACAGCGGGCGCCUCUUUGAAUACGCCCAAUCGGUGGUCAGCUUUCUGGCCCCGCCGAUCACCGCCGUCUUCUGGCCGCGCACCAACGAGCAGGGCGCGUUCUGGGGCCUGAUGGCGGGCCUGGCGGUGGGCUUGACCCGGAUGGUCCUGGAGUUCUCCUACGAGGUCCCGGCGUGCGGCGAGCCCGACCCCCGUCCCUCGGUGCUGACUCGGGUGCACUACCUUUACUUCGCCGUCAUCCUGAUGGCGUUCAGCCGCUCGGUGAUGGUCGCCGUCAGCUUGGCCACGCCGGCCAUACCCGCGCACCACCUGCACAGACUGACGUGGUGGUCGAGACACAGCACGUCGCCUCGGGUGGAUCUGGGCGCGACGCGACGAACUGCGACCCCGCCGGCCCCCCCCGCCAGCUCGCCGGCCCCCCCGGUGGCGCCGGACGCUUCUGGCCUGAGCGGCGCUUCGUCGGACGUUCCCGUCGCCCGCGGCGCCAAACUCGACUCCCUGAAGGAGGCGCCGCUGUGGAGGAACGUUUGCAACGUCAACGCCGUCCUGCUGCUCGCCAUCAACGUCUUCCUUCGGGGUUACUACGCGUGAAUGACCCAAUCGCAACAGCGCCACCCGUGUCUUCCGAUGGGGAACUGCGCCCGCCCGCCCGCCCGACUCGACGUAUUACAGCGCCACCCGCUGGCCGCGCUGCAGACAAUUUCCAUUUACGGUGUGAUUGCCGGUGUGUGCAAAAAUGAACUUGACAUAAAAGAUGUUUCUUCACGUUUUUACUUCAUUGAACAUAA